UUCCAACACAUGCGCAUUGAGAGAACAAGCCAGGAAUUUGUUUUUGUUUACAUCGUUACUUGUGAAAAGAUUAAUCAUCACAUUUCCACAUAACAAAUGAGCAUGGUAUAAUCAACACUUGAACAAUGGAAGGAAAGGAAAAGACAAUGCAGGAGGUGAAUGUGCGAGUUGCAGUCCGGGUGCGGCCAAUGUUGCCAAAAGAGAAAGUUGGCGGUGAUGACAUGUGUUUGAAGAUAAUACCAACAACUAAACAGUUGAUCCUUGGGAAAGAUCGUGGAUUCACUUUUGAUGAAGUGCUAUCACCAAAAAGUACUCAGGAGGAAGUAUAUAAACUGUGUGUAGAGAAUCUUGUCAAGUCUAUAUUUGAAGGCUACAAUGCUACGGUGUUUGCAUAUGGCCAAACAGGAUCUGGAAAGACCUACACGAUAGGUGGAGGUAACAUCUCACCUGUAACUGAAGAUGAAGAUGGUAUUAUACCACGGGCAGUAAGACAGAUGUUUGAUACCCUGAGUAUUGAUAAGAGUGUGACAUACACAGUGAAAGUAUCUUAUAUAGAGAUUUAUAAAGAAGAACUGAGAGAUCUGCUAGAACUAAAUAGUGAUAAUAAACCAGAUCUUCAUGUGAGAGAGGAUGACAAGGGCAAUACUGUCAUCAUCGGUGCACGUGAAGUUGAAUGUGAGAGCCUCGAUGAGGUUAUGUCACUAUUAGAAACUGGGUCAGCGGCGCGGCACACCGGAGCCACAAACAUGAACGAGCAUUCCAGUAGAUCUCAUUCUAUCUUUACUAUAACAAUAGGUCAAACCUGGACAGAGAAUGAUGUGUUAGCCAGUAAAAGGAAACCUGAUGAUGAUUGUGAUGAUGUUGAAAAUGAAAUGAACCACAACAUGUUUGGAAAGUUUCAUUUUGUGGAUCUAGCAGGGUCAGAAAGGGCACACAAAACUGGUAAUGUUGGAGACAGAUUUAAAGAAUCUGUACAUAUAAACUCAGGUUUGUUGGCACUGGGUAAUGUUAUAAGUGCUUUAGGAGACCCAAAGAAAAAAUCAACACAUAUCCCUUACAGAGAAUCCAAAAUUACCAGAUUGCUCAAGGAUUCACUGGGAGGAAAUGCACAAACAUUGAUGAUAUGUUGUGUCAGUCCAUCAGCAGCAAACUUUGACGAGAGUUUAAAUGCUCUAAAAUAUGCCAACAGG